AUGUAAAUUUCAGAAGGCAAACCUUGGCCCUUGCUAAAAUACAGUAUCCCACUCCGUCGCUCCGAAUUCUGCUCUUUUGCUCGCCCCUUCUUCAUCGUCAAUAAUGAUGGCGGCUGCCACUCUCAGUCUCACCAACUAUCAGCUUCAAAGCCACCCGUUACUUCCACAGCCGUUGUCAAAGUCGAACACCCUCCUCUCCUCUCAGCCGCCGCAUCCCUCGUCGUCUUUCUACUUACCAACGGCCAAAGACGUGAAGAAGUUGGAUGGCAGAAGGAAGGCGGUAGAAGGUCUUUCUUGCCGGGCAGCCGUUAGAGCCGCAGGCGGAUGGCGAAGGCCUGAUGUGUCGCCGUGGGAUGAUAAGCCGUACGAGAUUCUUCCCACUGGGAAGAGGGCUUACUUAGACGAGCAAGACGUGGUGGCGUUUCUCGACCCUCCCAUGGAGUUGAUCCCUCUUGACCCGGCUUCUUACAACCCAGCUGCCUACCUCUGGAAGAAAAUCGAUGAUGUACCUGAAGAGAGGCGCCAUCGAUUGAUCCACCUGUUGGAUCCUAGACUCAUAUCAAGAGCUUGGGAAAUAGCAGGGACGCGUUACGAGGAUUCUAAGCUAACUAAGUUGAUGGCAUCCAACUUAUUAUCCUGUAAAGAUGGAGAGAGAUCACUUGAGUUCUAUCAUUGCCGAAGUGGUGGAGGUCCUUCGCCGAUUGGUUGGAUGAAAUUCUUCAAGAAGGCUAUAUUUCGCAGCAAUAGUGGGAAGGUUUAUGGGCGAUUUAUUGCUGGAGGAGUUGUGGGUCAAAUUGCAAACUCCAUCAGUCCACUCUACUUUUUGACAACUGAAGAUAGAGAAGUGAUGGCAACAGAGCAGCCUUGUGAUUUAGCGUAUGAAUUUGGUGAUGGUCAUUUGAAUCUCGACAACUGUCCAGUUAGCUUCCCAAAACCAGGGAAGCAUCCCUAUCCAUUCAACGACCAGGUUAUGGUGUAUGUUCGUCACAUAGGACCAGGAGUGUCCGUCGGCCAAGCAUGGCAGGAAGGGAAGGAAUUGCAACAAGUGCCCCGGAAGCUGUGUGGUGAGAUUCUGAUGGUGAAAGACUAUUCUGCUGCAUAGUCCCGGUGAGGAACAACAUCUUCAAUCUCAACUCUCAACCUUAAUGUUUCUGCCACUGCGUCCCAUGAGUUGGCUUGUAGAUCAAAGAUGAAGAAGUUUUUGAGCCAUCUGAACAAGGGUAUUCGCCAGGCUGACCGGCCUAGAGAAUCCGGUAACAAUGAUCUCUUGUGAAGUAACAAAACAAGAAUCUAUGAGACCGUUGCCGGUUCUGAAGGAUUUGGCUCUUGAUUGGUGUCCAGUUUAGAAGUUGUCUAACUGAAACACAUAGUAGGAGUAUAGGUUUCAAAUUCAGUUGUUUACUUAUGUUCAUCCACCUCCAUGUAAUAUUCAAAAUAGGACAGCCUAAUCAUAUGGCGCAAUUAUAUUCUAUGACUAUAAUGUUGGUAGGAGAAAACAAGCCUCAACAAAUUAAUUGGAAAAGCUGGCCUGUGAAUUGUAACGUUAGAACUAUGGAUCAGUUCUAAGUUCUAACAAAUAACUUGUUUUUCGUUUUUGUCUUGCCAUAUUUGCACGAUUGGUUGUAGUCAAUCACGUCGAGAUUGUGCUACAGAUAUGGCUGCCUCUUCGAAACAUGUUACUAGUCAAAGGUAAGAGAGUAAAAUUUGUGCUGAUGAGAAUGGUAGUAUGAAUGCAGGAACAAGGCAAAAGAAGUAGGAAACGAAAACCUGUCAACCACUUACAGUAUGUGAAAGGAAGAAAAUGAAACUGAAACAGGGUU